UCAUUUAUAUUCACUCAGUGAGUGACUGACCCUUGUCUACCAUUAUUUAUCUGUCUUAGGUCUUUGGAUAGAAGUCUCUUCCUCGAAUAAAACGGCCGCACAUAUCUGGGAUAUCGGAGAGGAGUCUAUAUGUUACCGUGUGAUGAAGAGGAGCAGGACCGUCUUGAUCUGUUCCAUAAGCUCUUCACAGGCAGGUGCGGGAGGGGAGACUUCAGGAACAAACUGACGGCUCUGUGGGCAAAUUCUAGCUCUCCUGUGGACGCAACUUGCAAUAACCGGAAACCUCCAGAAGAUGCAAAUAAGUCUCAUAGUGGGCCUUGCUCUAGGUACCCAGAGCUCUGUCGUCCUAGGCGUGUUGAAGUGAGAAUAAAUUGAUUGAUUGUUAGGUUUUUUUUUUUUUUUUUUUU